CGAUUGGUGGAAUCUUCUCCCCGCGCCUAACAGAGACACAGGCAUCGCAAGGCAAAACUACUGGGCCGGUGUGAGGGAAGCGGCGCCCCACUAAUAUCUCUACUCGCACUGACCCUCAGUCUGUCACUCACCGACUCCUCUCACUGGCGGCUCUUUGCUUUUAUUUGAUGCAGUGAGAGAACAGCACAAACCCAACACGCCUCAAAUUUAAUCAGAUUAAUCUAUAGGUCUAUAGUGGGAUUGGAGGCAACACCAGAGAACUGCAGUAACGGGCUGUGGAAAUAAACACACACCGACUCACUGGCCUGUGUACUGGAAUAUCAUCUGCCCACCAACAACAUGGCGCCGCGUUUGAAGUAGGCGUUGACAAAUCUCUUAUUGGUCCAAAAGUCUCAUCAGAACUCGUAACGUUCGCGUCAUCUUGAUUGGGCGGAGAUUAAGUAAUUCCCGCCCUUCCAUACAUUGUGAUCUGAGGAGAUUCACUGAGAGACAGACUGGGAAUUGUCUUCUGCUCCCUGUAACUCCCUUCUACUGUGUCCCUGACAUUCCCAUCCCCUGUACUCACAUCUCCAGCCUCAUCUACUGGGGAUAAAAGAUGCCGACCUGCAUAGUGAAUGGAUGUUCGCACAGCUGCAAGCGGAAGAAGCAAUUUCCGCACGUCGUCCUUCAUGUUUUCCCCGGAAGUCUCACCCUCAUAAAGAACUGGCUCCAGCACAUUCCACAGAAUUUCGGAGACAUCAACGAGAUGGCACUUAAAAUUUUAGAAAGGAAAAAAAGCGACACAUUCCGCCUGUGCUCGGAACAUUUCACCCCGGAUAGUUACACGUUCAAGGGCACCAAACGAGUUUUGAAAAGGGAGGCGGUGCCAACACUCUUCCCUGAAAUCUCCUCGCCUGAGUUGGCAAUUUUGAAUGCGCAAAGAUUUAAAAAGAAAAAGGGCAAAGAUGCAGAGACGGAACAGGACUUGCAGUCUAUAUCUUCAGUACUGCCCAUUGCUCAUACUCCAUGUUCCCUAAACUCAUCUCUGCUCCAGACGCCACCCACACCAGCAGAUGUCUUUGUGGCUCAUUCAUCAGCUUCGUUAACAUCACCUCGCUCGGAAACUGCUCCUCCAGAUCCAACUUGGAUAGCUGCAGGAAAUCCCUCGCAAUCAAAUCCAUCGAUAGAAGAAAAAUCUGGACUACAACCACCUUCUUGUGCUCAUUGCAAAAAACCUGUUCCAAAAAGCGCAAUAUUUGUUGACACCGACAUGAAUACGGAUUAUUUCUAUAGGAAAAAGAGUGUGUCGACUAAUACGUUUAGUAAAUUUGGUAAGAAGAGUGUCGCCACGCAAAAGAUGAUUUUUCAGAAAAAUAAGGGUUUGCAGUGUAAACUCCUCACGGGUCACUACCCAGUCCCAAAAAUGUCAUCAUUAUCAAGUCUGCUACACUCAGCUGCCACUCCGAUGCACUCUCCAAGCUUGAAAAGCAGCUAUAACAGACCGGCUAUGGAGAUGGGUCCAACCUGUCUGAGAAUGAUAGAGGAAGAAGAGUACGAUUACAUUCAUAAUAAGGGAGAACAGAUGCACGAGGGCGGGGCUACAGAACUCAUGGACCUGACAUAUGAGCCUUUAGUUCAAAGCAUAGACAAGUCCAAUGUUGUUGCUGAUGAUGAAUAUGAAGUGGAGUCUACAGUCGAUUCAGAGUGUAUGCUGGAUUUUGGAAACAAAGAUGAGGUCGAUGAGAACAAAUUUCUUGUAUUUGAGUCUUGUCUGGAUAAGCUUCUCAUGGGCUCUCGGUGCAGGGGAGGGAAGAACUGUCCAGCGGCCAUUAAGAAUAUUAGGAAGAAAAUUACAGGAUCUUUCCUCAGUGUAGAUGCUGUUUGCACUAACGGACAUUCAUUUCAUCUUUGGGACAGUCAACCCAAAAAGGGUCACAUGCCGAUUGGUGAUGUUUUGAUGUCAGCCGCUGUUGUCUUAAGCGGCUCCAAUUACAGCAAAGUGAGUUACAUGAAUAAAAUUCUGGGGCUCAGACAGGUCGGAAAAUCAACACAUUAUCGUCACCAAAGACUCUUCCUGUUUCCGACCAUUAAUCACCACUGGAAAUCGGAGCAGGACAAAGUGAUAAAAGAGUUGGGGAAGAAACCGUUAUCCGUUGUUGCUGAUAGAAAUUGUCUCAGCGAGGAAAAGAGCUGUGUUUACACAUUUAUGGAGGCCACCUCAAAGAAGAUUGUGGGUUUUAAGGUGGAGCAGUCAUCACCUGAAACAUCUUCUCUUGUAAUAGAGAGGAACACAUUUCAAAGUGCCUUGGACGAAGUGCUGCACCGCAACUUAAAUGUUCAGCUUGUCUGUACAGAACGUCAGCCCUGGAUAAAGAACCUGAUGGAAGAGAAUUAUGCCAACAUCCUACAUGAGUUUGAUGUCUGGCGCUAUGGGAAGUCCAUUGGUAAAAGAGUGGCUGCCGCCAGCAAAAAGAGAAACUGUUCUGAGCUUUCAGAGUGGAGCGCCCCCGUGAGAAACCAUUUAUGGUGGGCGGUUAGAUCAUGCAAAGGCAACACCGAACUUAUGAUGGAAAAGUGGAACUCGCUAAUAUAUCAUGUGAUUGGGGUACAUAACUGGAAGACAGGUGCCCUUUAUCAUGGAUGUGAACAUGCGCCAGAGGAGGACGACGCUGCAAGAUUGUUCCUAAGGAAAGAUUCAAGAGCUUAUAGAAAACUGAGAGAGAUUGUACUGAGUCAGAACAUCAACAAAGAUCUUCCAAAGUUGGUGAAUAUUUGUCACACUGGGGAGCUCGAUGUGUUCCGCACUAAUACCCUUAAGUACUGCCCAAAGCAAAACCACUUCUCCAGGGGUUCCCUAAUUGCACGCACUCAACUAGCCUCACUAGACCACAAUAGGAAUGUCCAUUACCAGCUGGCCAUCUUGGCUAAUGAAAAAGACGAAGAAGCGCUAAGGGAGGACUAUCCCAGGGUGGAAUUUAGCCAGUUAAAGAAGGACUGGAGAGUGAAACCAGUUUAUGACAUAGAACGUUGUGAUUUUAUAUUCACUAUACUGAAAGACGUGGUCAAGUACGUGUAUGGGGAAAAGUGUUUUGGGUAGCGGCGGUGGCUGACUUCCUAACCCAGCGGAGAGACGGAAAAAUGCAGAACAAAGAUCUCCUAAAGUUCUGCCAGUCACGUAACGACUGAUAUCUGUGUAUUCUAUCCAUCUAUACAUUUCAUUGACUUUGCUUUUGCUGAAUGCCUGAAACAUUCUAUCCAUUGAAAAUACAGAUAAUUCUCAUAUAUAAAUGUGUAUAUAGUUACAAUAAAACAUCCAGGAAAA